CGGCGGGCCGGGCCUGUGUUUCCGGGGAAACCAAGGAGGCCGUGGCUGAGGGCGGCCCUGUGAGGGAAGGGAAGGUCAGCCCCGGCCCGCGCCGGCCCCAUGGAGAAGAUCAGCAUCCAGGCCGGCGAAGGGGAUGAGCCGGGCGGCGGGCCCCCCGGCCCCGCCGAGGGCCCCCCGCGGUCCCGGCGGCAGAAAUGUGCCGCCUACGUGCUGGCCCUGCGGCCGUGGAGCUUCAGCGCUUCCCUCACCCCCGUGGCCCUGGGCGCCGCCCUGGCCUACAGGUCCCGGGGGGUCCUCCACCCCGACCUGCUGCUGGGCAGUGCCGCCGCCGUCCUGGCCGUCCACGGGGCCGGCAACCUGGUCAACACCUACUAUGACUUCUCCAAGGGCAUCGACCACAAGAAGAGCGACGACCGGACCCUGGUGGACCACAUCCUGGAACCCCGGGACGUGGUCCGAUUCGGCGUCCUCCUCUACACUCUGGGCUGCGUCUGUGCCGCCGGCCUCUACUGCUUGUCCACGCUGAAGCUGGAGCAUUUAGCCCUCAUCUACUUCGGGGGCCUGUCCGGCUCCUUCCUCUACACCGGAGGGAUUGGCCUGAAAUACGUGGCUCUGGGCGACCUGGUCAUCCUGAUCACCUUCGGGCCGCUGGCCGUCAUGUUCGCCUACGCCGUCCAGGUGGGCUCCCUGGCCAUCUUCCCUCUGGUGUACGCCAUGCCCUUGGCCCUCAGCACCGAGGCCAUCCUUCACUGCAACAACACCCGGGACAUGGAGUCGGACCGGGCGGCCGGCAUCGUCACCCUCGCCAUCCUCAUCGGCCCCACCCUCUCCUACGUCCUGUACAACACGCUGCUCUUCCUGCCCUAUCUCAUCUUCAGCCUCCUGGCCACCCGCUACACCCUCAGCAUGGCGCUGCCCCUGCUCACCAUUCCCAUGGCCUUCUCCCUCGAGAGACAGUUCCGCAGCCAGAACUUCAACAAGCUGCCCCAGAGGACUGCCAAGCUCAACCUCUUGCUGGGCCUCUUCUACGUCUUCGGCAUCAUCCUGGCGCCCGCGGGCACUCUGCCCAAACUGUGAGCCCGCCCCAUCCCCUCUUGCUUGGGGGCCUGGGGGGAAACCGAGCGUCCCGGCUCAGUGCUACGAUCAGA